CCCCGCCCCUGAGCCGGCCGCCCAGCCCCCGGAGCUGUGCCCGGCGCGGGGAAUGUCCCGGGUGGAGCUGGCGGAGUCGCGCGCUCUGCUCCACCCGACGCGGCUGUGUGUGUUGGGCCUGGCUCGCGGCGAACCGAGAUGGCAGAGCAGUCGGACGAGGCCGUGAAGUACUACACCCUAGAGGAGAUUCAGAAGCACAACCACAGCAAGAGCACCUGGCUGAUCCUGCACCACAAGGUGUACGAUUUGACCAAAUUUCUGGAAGAGCAUCCUGGUGGGGAAGAAGUCUUAAGGGAACAAGCUGGAGGUGACGCGACUGAGAACUUUGAGGAUGUCGGGCACUCUACAGAUGCCAGGGAAAUGUCCAAAACAUACAUCAUUGGGGAGCUCCAUCCAGACGACAGACCAAAGUUAAGCAAGCCUCCGAGAGGUGAGGACUUCAGAGGCUGCCCUUCUCUUCAUCUGCUGGUUGUGAAAGGAAAACAUCUUGGGCCUCCAAAAUCACUAAGGAAAACUCAAGCUGGAAACUGCUUAGUUUCCAUUCUGCCUCCCGUUCUACUCAGUCACCCCUCUGCUCACUGAGAUAGACGCAUAUCUGAUUGCUUCCUUUGGAAAGGCUAAUCAGAAACUCAGAAGAAUGCCACCCUUUGUGUCUCACCUGUCUGUCACCUGGAAGCGCCCUCCCACUUUGAGUCUUCCUGCCUUUGCUUCAAGAUGUCCCGCCUUUCCAAACAGAGCCAGUGUACUUCUUACAUACAUCGAUUGAUGUCUCAUGGCUCCGUAAAAUGCGUAAAACCAAGCUGUGCCCUGACCACCUUGGACAUGUGUCGUUAGGACCUCCUGAUGCUUUGUCACGGGCACGUCCUCAACCUUGGCAAAGUAAACUUUUAUUUAUCUAUUUAUUUUUUGAGACGGACUCUUGCUCU